GGUUGCAGAAUGGACAGGUGAACUGAGAGUCCAAAUCUCCUGUCAUCUUCUUCUUAGGAGGGGGCUUUCUUUUAGACUUGCGGCGACCCAUUUCAAACAAACUCAAUCAAGUCUGUGUGAGAAGGAGACGAAAACAUGCAGCUUAAACAAUGAGAACAUGAGCUGUGGAGGAGAAUCACCAAAGAUAAAAUAAAACUUUUGACUGGAAAAUAACUCAAGUCGGGAGCUGCUGCAGCUCCAUAUUGGAUGUCAGUGAUGUGGACGGUGAAGGUGGUGGGUCUGGGUGUGGUGGCCCUCUCUCUCAGUGUGGAGCUGGUGGGUUGGCUCCUCCAUCGCCUCAGGCCUAAAAGAACCCGCAAUGAGGUCCUCUUCUUUCCCUCAAAGAUGGCCUGCAUCAACCACAUCUUCGCUCCUUCAUCGCCUCAGUUGUGUUUCUGCCCGUUGCCUCAUGGCGUAGAGACGUCUUUCUCCCGUCUUCUCCGCUGCAUCUUGUCUGCUUCCUCCUCUCUGGACUUGUGUGUAUUUUCCUUCUCCAACAUGGACCUUUCCAGGGCUGUGCUAACGCUGUAUAGUAGGGGCGUCACCAUCCGAGUCCUCACCGACAAGGACUAUGCCGCCAUCACUGGCACCCAGAUAGGGGUCCUUCGCAAGGCCGGGAUCUGUGUGCGUUGCGACGUGGACUCUGUUUACAUGCAUCACAAGUUUUCAGUGGUGGACAACCGGCUGCUCAUCACCGGCUCCCUCAACUGGACGCGGACAGCAGUGCAGAGUAACAUGGAGAACGUCAUUGUCACUGAGGAUCCAGACCUGGUGCGUCCCUUCAUCAAGGAGUUCCAAAAGUUAUGGCUGCACAACGAUCCAGCCCGAUACCCCUACUCAAGUGACCCAAAACCUGCUCACAAGGCUACCACACCCAGAACUGACAAGCCAUGAUGAGUAAUAAGUAAGAGCUGUUCAACGUUUGAAGUAGAAGGUAUGCAUGUAAAAACUGUUUGGUAAGCUGGGACACAAAACAUUUAGAAUAUUUUCUUAUAUUGAUAAGCAGACGGUUGCUUUAUGCUUUGGACGGCUUAAUGUGACGAUGUUACUGUUAAAUGGUAGAGGUUUAAUUUAAAUAUGUAUCGGAAAAGGUUCCCCAUUUAAGAGUUUUGGUCCUUUCUUUCCGUAUAUUUUAAUGGACUAAUAUUAGAAUAAUGACACUGUUGCUGUGGUCCGGUUCUAUAGAGAAUGCUUCAGUUGAGUGUUUUUCUAUAUUAUGUCCCAGGUUCACAGUACAUGUUUAGAAUUUUUGUUAUCUUCUUCUUUGUGUUCAUAGACUAAGUAAAAAAUAAAGGUUCACUGUGAGUGUA